AUGCUGCUCCUGCUCGUCCUCCUGCUGUCGGAGUCGGUCCAGACCCACAGAACAGCGCCCUUCCUGAUCACAGAGAACAUGUGGCCUCGUGGCUGCAUCCUGGACUGCCAGAGGGGGCGCCACAGAGCCGUGUGCGGCAGCAACGGCAGGCUGUAUAAAUCGCUGUGUGCUUUCCAGAGGGCCCAGUGCAUCAACACGCAGCUCCGCCUCGCUCCUAGAGCACACUGCUCAGACCCGAGUCAGUCCAAAUGCCAGCUGGCCCGGGCUCAGGCCCUGGAGGCCGCCGCCCACAGCAGCGGCGGCCAUGUUAGCCCGCCAGCUGCCGUCUUUGUGCCGGAGUGCCGUCCGGACGGUCACUUCCUGCCAGUGCAGUGUCACAACCAGACCGGAUACUGCUGGUGCUCCAUGCCCGACGGCAAACCUGUCAGCGGGACCUCGGUCCUCCACCUGGUGCCCGACUGUACCGAUCACAUCUCUGAGUUGGCUCAGACCAGCAAUGCAGAUUCUGGGCCAAUUAAAGACGAAGUGGAUGAACAAGGACCUACAUUGGAGCCCAGGAAACCUACAGAGCUGAUCGCUCCUCCGUUCUGGGUGACCAUCCUGAUGAACUCUGACCCUAAAGGAAACCGCUCAGUCAGACGACCCACUGACAGUCCUCAGACAUGCGAGCGGGAGCGGUCUCAGAUAGGCUCAGCCUCGCAGGAGGAGCGCUUCAUCCCAGAAUGCACAGCAGACGGCCGCUACAGCCCUGCGCAGUGUCACGCUGCCACGGGUUACUGUUGGUGUGUCCGGGUGGACAGCGGCAGACCGCUGCCAGGCACAUCUGCGAGGAAUCGCAUCCCAGACUGCACUGGGGCAGAGGAGGCACCAACAGACAGGAGGCCCGGGAAGAACCCUCUGCCUGGGUGUCCCGGAGAUCAUAGGAAGCACUUCCUGCAGAGUCUGGUUAGAGCUCUGCAGUUGGAAACAGAGCAUGCUGGAAGUCUGAGUCCCUACCAACCCUCAAACACGCCUCCCUCCAGCUCUCCGUCUCCAUCUCCCAGCACUCCGACCUCAGCUGCCCCGACCUCCUCUACUCCAGACGCCGAUUCUCCCGCUGCUCCGGAGGUCGUGGAGUCCUCGGGGCCAGAGGCGGCGCUGCGUUGGCACUUCAGCCGGCUGGACGUGGACUCCAGCGGGUCGCUGAGCGAACGCGAGGCCCGACCCCUCCGUCAGUUCCUGCGACGGAGGCUGAAGCCACGACGGUGCGCCAAGAAGUUCAUUCAGCACUGCGACAGUGACGGGGACCGAGGCCUGACGCUGGAGGAGCUGAGGGUCUGCCUGGGCCUCUGAAGAGGAGAGCUACAAGAGAACUCCCCCGAUGCCAAAGACCGACUCGUUUCCUCUCCUUCACUGUCACUGCUCAAGGUUUCUAGUCAUUCAUCACAUCAAGGGCAUCAUCUCGUUGCUCGCGUCCUUUUCAACCAAAACUGAUUAAAGAGAGAAUUUGCAACCUUUUAUGUGAAUUUUCAAUCAGUGCUGAUGGUAAACGUGGUCUGCUGAAGAAUGAAAUUCCUCAGAGCGUUUCAUAUUGAUGGUCUCUCCUGCUGCAGGCCCGAUAAAUAAAUUCAGAAGGCCAACACAGCACAUUUUGU